AUGACAGCAUUGCGUGCAAUAGUGGGUCCCAUCCGACUUCACCUCAAUCCCACACUCUUGAGCAUGAACUCACGGCAUGCUUUCAUGCACAACGGCGUCUUCGUUCAUCCACCUGGAGCAUUCAAUCCUAUUGCCUCCGUGUCCAUGUACUCCAUACAUGACAUGGAUUCAUGCGACUUUGCCUCGUGCAUGCCCGACUCUGCUUUUUCAGUCGUUUGGCUUGGAGAAGCAUCAUCUGGGGUUGCAUGGGUACAACUUCCUCCUCCGCCUCCAUCUACUGACGGGCCGCACAUUCUAUCACAUCGUACACCCUGGUCCAUGAGACGAGAGGCAUGCCCACGUUUUUCUGGGUCUGUGGGCUAUGCUUCUCGCAGGCUUGAUGGGUUGCAACAUUGCACAGGGCCAUUUCAAAGUGCGACGAACUCGGACGCUUCUCCGUGCAUCAAGCAUGAUCUGGCAGAUUGUAUAAACCAAACCCACUGCCAAGUAUUGCAAUGUGUGCCACGAACCGCGUGCAAAUGA